AUGUAUGGUGAUGACCCUAUGGUGAUAACCAAUCUUAAAAGUGAACUGGACUAUGUGAAGAGUCUCAUGAGGCACCGUGAAACAAUUUCUAGAAUUAAAGAAUCCUUGGAUGAAACUGAAAGACUUAGAGAGCAGGAAACAACCUUUACUGAGGAUAAUGAUGGUACAGUGGACAUUUCAGGUCCAUCAGGAAGCACGACCGUUCAAGGAGUCGACUUUGUGGAAGACCCAAACAGUGUACUUCCAGACGUUCUAGAUGCAUUCAACGAAUCAUUUGACGCUGACUGGGAUGAAAUAGAAGCCCGCCUAGAGAGACUAAAUAAGAUUUCAACAGCAAAUAAAAAGAGAGAUUUUGAAAACCAAGUAGAGCGUGUUCAAGCUGUCGCAAGAGUUAUCAAGGGUAAGGAAGGACUAGUACUAGACCCUAAGAAUAGAUAUGUCAGAAAACUCAUAAAACGAUCAUCUGUCAGAACACUCAAGGAUGGCACAGAGGUGCUGGUAUUUAGAAGUGAACAAGGUAUUGAUAAAAGUGGGACACAAAUAAUGAAACGUGGUAAGACCAAGAAUCUAGUGUACUCAAAGGACUCACCUGCUCUGAGAGAAUAUAAGAACCUUCUAAAGAAAAUAAAAGAGGUACCUACGAAUCCUGACAAUAUAAUUGGAAGUGAUGAAUCAAUUUACGAGGAUACUAAAGAAGAGUCCCAAUUUGAUGAAAGUAGUGAGGAAUACGCUAACCGUGAGAACAUUGAGUUAAUAGAUGUAAGCGCAAAAUUAGGAGACCUUCCAGGGCUAACAAUGCAAGAAAACAAUGAACUGAGGGGUGUUCUUAACCCACCUGAUGGAUCAAGCAUAGAAGGCAGAACAGGUCCCAAUGGAGCGUUACAAGUUCAGGCUGACUACUUUAAUGAAGCUAUUAAUGAAACCGUGGAACGCUCCGCGUCAGCGGAAGGUACAACUCAGUACAAUGCUCUUAUAGAAAAAAUUGAUAGUCUAAAGGAAGCUAGGGAUAGGACACUAGAGCAGAGAGUAGUAGAGGAAGCAAGAGAGGCACAGUUGGAAGAUAUUUCUAGAUUGCGCAGAUUUAUAGACUGGGUAGGAAAGGAAAAGGUGGGACUUGUAGGGAUAGCAGUGUCAACAGCUAGUUUAAUUACAGCCUUAUUAAUCCAUGCUAGGGGAGCCAUUGUGAAGACAGCAAAGGCCACUGGUAAAGUAGCAAAAGCAUUAGCAAAUUUAGCAAAGAAAGCAGGACCAAUUCUAGUUCCAAUCCUGAACGCAAUUGCAACAGCGCUAUCAUGGGGAGCAAAAGGAGUUGCCUGGUUAGCGUCACACUUAUGGGUAUUAGCUGUAGCAGCUGCCCUACUUGUGUACAAUAAUUACAGUAAGUAA